UUCUUGGCUUAUGGGAUCUAGUCUAUCAACCUGUUUGCAGCUUCUAUGGAACCCCCGAAUUGCCUAAUACAUCAUCGGAUUCUGGUCAUAUCGGUACAACUGUUAGUAAAUUAAAUCUGUUUAAAAAGCCAUAUCAGCUCCGUAAUGAAGGUUGUUAUUGUAAUGAAUAUAUGUCUCCAGAUACACCUUAUAGUACCAGUCGAGGUGGGAUUAUUCAUGGUCUUAGAAGAGGUACACGUUCAUUUUCAACAAGUACUCUAUGGGCAACUUUACAAUUGAGUAUUCAAGGUAUAAGAGCUGUUCAAUCUAUUGCGGAA